UGCAGCUCCAGAAACUCCUACAUCGGGAUGGAGUUGAACCAGCAGAUUGUGUCCGGCCCCGGGAGAGCGACAGGAGCCAAAGGCGACGUGGGGAAGAUGUCAGAUGACCUCAGUUUGACUCUUGUGGAGAGCUGCAGCCAUGAUCACGAUCUGCUGUCAGACACUAAGAUGUACUGCCUUGUUCCCAAUGACUCCUUCGCCUCCUUGCAACCUUCCACCUCCCUGUGUCCGUCGGAGCUGUCGAGGGAGCCGGCUGAUCUUUGUAACUCUGCUGCUUAUCACUUCAGCCUGUCGCACUCGUCCUGCGACGCCGAGCUCACCUCCCACGGGUCCCUGCAGUCUCAGACCUUCAGGAAGGAGCUCCGGUCUCGGGGUCUCCCUCGGACCUCCAGCUCCGCGGGGUCCGCCUUCCCCGACCCGUGUCUACCUGACUUUGCUUUGUACCCUCCGCCCAGGAGAGGCGGCCUGGACCCCGUGUGCGAGCUGGAGGCCGCCAAACCUCAGCGGCCGGGUCUGUGUGGGAGAGAGGGGGCGGAGCGGCUGCACCAGCAGGAUCCAGCUGUGCCCUCCACCUCGGGGAUCGAGUGUUAUCGGCACAAGGAGCCGCGCAGGGUGGCCCGCUCCGCCUCCAGGGAGGCCGGGGAGGGCAGCUCAGGACUGUAUCAGGUAGAGGGGGGCGGUGGUGGUGGGAGAGGCCCGGGUGGGGGAGGGAAGUCCCAGGGAGGGGAGCGCAGUGCGGACAGCCUGAGGAGUCUGAGUACUCGCAGCAGCGGCUCCACUGAGAGCUACUGCAGCGGCACAGACAGAGACACCAACAGCACGGUCAGCAGCUUCCACAGCGAGCAGACGAGCUCCACCCACGUGGAGAGUCUGCUCUCUCUUUCAGGGGACGAGCGCGUGCGGGACAGAGGAGAGGCCGCCUCCGCUCCUGCAGACAACAGGACUGUGAGCCUGGGCAGUAUCAGCUCUCGGGGUCUCAGUAACCUCCCGUCCAGGGAGGCCAAUAAAAACCCGCACGCUAACGAGCUGACUGCUAAACCGCCUGCUGAAACACAGACGGCGCCCGCGGUCCAGGAGCAGGUGGAGCCUGGUCGGGGUCAGGAGGAGCCCGGUAUCAGGACCAGUGCUGAUGGCUCAGCGGGUGUAGCGGCCACAGAGCCGGAGCAGGUGAGAGAUGACUCUAAACCAAAGUCAGACAGCAUCGUUCAGAGGACUUCUUCUUUGUCCGCGGGGCGCAGCGCUCGCCGGCGGACGGGCAAGAAAAGAGCGAGCAGCUUCGACGCCAGCCGGCACCGGGACUACAUGUCUCUGCGUGGCAUGGCUAAGCCUUGUAGCGCGGUGUUCACCGGGGGCGGGGAGGAGGACUCCAGCGAUCAGAGCGAGCUCAGCUGUGCCUCCAGUCUUCACUCCGCCCACCACCUGAGCACAGACAGCUCCUCCAGCAACACCUCGCGCUCCUGCCACUCCCCCGAGGGGGGGUACUACAGGACCCUGAAGGGGAAGCACACCGCAGCCUCCUCGUCCUCCUCCGCAGUCAAAGCCGCCGCGGGAUCCGAGGCAGGCGUGCAAACCAGAGGGAAGCGGCGCACCUCUCGGAGGACUCCCAGCACGGGCAGCGCCAAAACACACGCCCGGGUGUUGAGUCUGGACAGCGGGACGGCCGCCUGCCUUAAUGACCCCGGCCGCCUCGGAGCGCCCGCCGGGCCUCGGGCCCUCACCACCUCCAAGUCGGACCUGGAAGCCAAAGAAGGGGAAGUCCUGGACGCGGCCUCCCUGCUGGGUCGGGCCUCCCAGCUGGAGUCAGUGACCCGCUCCAGGAACAGUCUGCCCAACCAGGCGGCUUUCUCUGAGCCUCAGGAUUCAGCUUCUCUGCGGGCGCCGGGGAGCGAGGAGACGGUCAUAUUUCGGCGUGAGCGUAGCACGUUUCGUCGGCAGGCGGUGCGGCGGCGACACAACGCUGGCAGUAACCCCACCCCGCCCACCUCUCUGAUUGGAUCUCCUCUCAGUCUUCAGGAGGCUCUCAGCCAGGCCUCCCAGCCUUCUUCUUCCCAGGUGAAAAGUCAGCCCUCCAGAACCCCGUCCCAGGUGACCGUGCUGAGCACAAGCGCCUCCCUGCUGGCCAGGAAUGGAAGCACACACCUGGAGGGUUCUCAGGACAAGGCCUCGACUGUGGGCGCUACCAGCCUGCAGGACGACUUCGGAAAGCUCACACCGUCCUUGUACGAGGCCGGCGGGUGUGACAUGUCGCUGGUCAAUUUUGAACCUGCAACCAGACGAGCCUCCAACAACGUGUGGGACACCGACUCCCACCUCUCCAGUUCUACCUCAGUUCGCUUCUACCCUCAUGACCUGAUCUCCCUCCCUCAGAUCCGUCUGAACCGUCUGCUGACGAUGGACCCGGAGCUGCUGGAGCAGCACGAAGGAGAUCUGAGUCCGGAGCUCCAGGACGCACCGCUGGGACACGAGGACCCCGCCGCCGCCAACGCCGCCGGCAAAGCCCGGCAGUACUACCGCCUGUGGCUCCUCCCCUUCCUGUGGGUCGGCCUGCACUUUGACCGGCUCACGCUGCUGGCUCUGUUUGACAGGAACCGUGAGGUCUUGGAGAACGUGCUCGCCGUGCUGCUGGCCGUCCUGGUGGCCUUCUUGGGUUCAGUGCUGCUCGUUCACGGCUUCUUCACAGACAUCUGGGUCUUUCAGUUCUGCCUGGUCAUUGCCAGCUGCCAGUACUCCUUACUGAAGAGUGUUCAGCCGGACUCCUCCUCCCCUCGCCAUGGUCAUAACCGCAUCAUAGCGUACAGCCGGCCUGUCUACUUCUGUCUGUGCUGCGGUCUCAUCUGGCUGCUGCACUACGGCAGUCUGAGGACCACAUCGUCCCGUUUCACCCUGUACGGAGUCGCACUCACCAGCUCCCUGGUCCUCGCCUCGGCCCGGGACCUUGUCAUUGUCUUCAUCCUGUGCUUCCCCAUCAUCUUCUUCGUCGGGCUGCUGCCGCAGGUCAACACAUUCGUCAUGUACCUCUUCGAGCAGCUGGACAUCCAUGUGUUCGGGGGCAACGCCUCCACCAGUCUGCUGUCAGCGCUGUACAGCGUCCUGCGCAGCGUGGUCACCGUCGCUCUGCUGUACGGAUUCUGCUACGGAGCUCUGAAGGAGUCGUGGGAGCCGCAUCACAUCCCCGUGUUGUUCUCGGUGUUCUGCGGCCUCUUGGUGGCCGUGUCCUACCACCUGAGCCGGCAGAGCAGCGACCCCUCAGUCCUCAUCUCGCUCAUACAGUCAAAGAUUUUGCCUAAUUUAAAAGACAAGAACCCGGAGGACCCUCUGUCAGAAGUCCAGGACCCUCUGCCCGAAAAGCUCCGAGCCUCGGUGAACGAGCGUCUGCAGUCUGACCUGAUCGUCUGCGUGGUCAUCGCUGUUCUUUACUUCGCCAUCCAUGUCAGCACCGUGUUCAUCGCACUGCAGCCGUUCCUCAGUUACGUCCUGUACGCUCUGUUGGGGACGGUCGGCCUGCUCACACACUACCUGAUGCCUCAAGUCCGCAAGCAGCUGCCCUGGUACUGCUUCUCCCACCCGCUGCUCAAAACCAAGGAGUACUACCAGUUUGAAGUCAGGGACGCGGCUCACGUCAUGUGGUUUGAGAAGCUCCACGUGUGGCUGCUGUUCGUGGAGAAGAACGUCCUCUAUCCUCUCGUCAUCCUCAACGAGCUGAGCGGCAGCGCCCGAGAGCUCGCCAGUCCAAAGAGACUCGACACCGAGGUCGGCGCUCUGAUGAUCACGGUGGCGGGCCUGAAGCUGCUGCGUUCCUCCUACAGCAGCCCCACCUAUCAGUACGUGACCAUCCUCUUCACCGUCCUCUUCUUCACCUUCGACUACCGCCAUCUGUCCGAGACGCUGCUGCUCGACCUCUUCCUCAUGUCCAUCGUCUUCAGCAAGAUGUGGGAGUUGUUCUACAAGCUGCACUUCGUCUACACCUACAUCGCCCCCUGGCAGAUCACCUGGGGCUCAGCGUUCCACGCCUUCGCUCAGCCGUUCGCUGUGCCUCACUCGGCCAUGUUGUUUGUUCAGGCUGUCGUGUCGGCUAUCUUCUCCACCCCCCUCAACCCGUUCCUGGGCAGCGCCAUCUUCAUCACCUCCUACGUUCGUCCCGUCAAGUUCUGGGAGAGAGACUACAACACCAAGAGAGUGGAUCACUCCAACACCCGCCUGGCCUCCCAGCUGGACAGAAAUCCAGGCUCUGAUGACAACAACCUGAACUCCAUCUUCUACGAGCACCUGACCCGCUCGCUGCAGCACAGCCUGUGUGGAGACCUCCUGCUGGGCCGCUGGGGGAACUUCAGCACCGGGGACUGCUUCAUCCUAGCCUCGGACUACCUGAACGCUCUGGUGCAUCUCAUCGAGAUCGGCAACGGCCUGGUCACCUUCCAGCUGCGAGGGCUGGAAUUCAGAGGAACGUACUGCCAGCAGAGGGAGGUAGAGGCCAUCACAGAGGGGGUGGAGGAGGACGAGGGCUGCUGUUGCUGCGAGCCGGGUCACCUCCCUCACAUCCUGUCCUUUAAUGCCGCCUUCGGGCAGCGCUGGCUGGCGUGGGAGGUGCUGGUCACCAAAUACGUGCUGGAGGGCUACAGCAUCACCGACAACAGCGCCGCCUCCAUGCUGCAGGUGUUCGACCUGCGACGCAUCCUCACCACCUACUACGUCAAGGGAAUCAUCUACUACGUCAUCGCCUCGCCCAAACUGGAGGAGUGGCUGGCUAACGAGACCAUGAAGGACGGCCUGCGGGGGUGUGGAGAGAGGAACUACGUCGACCUGGAUCCCACCUUCAACCCCAACAUCGACGAAGACUACGACCACCGACUGGCGGGCAUCUCCAGAGACAGUUUCUGUGGCGUCUACCUGAGCUGGAUCCAGUACUGCAACUCAAGACGAGCCAAGCCUCUGGAGAGCGAGAAGGACUCGUCUCUGGUGCUGCUCUGCUUCGGCCUGUGUGUGCUGGGGAGGAGAGCUCUGGGGACAGCAGCUCAUCACAUGUCCAGUAACCUGGAGUCUUUCCUCUACGGGCUUCACGCCUUGUUUAAGGGAGAUUUCCGCAUCUCGUCGGUGCGAGACGAGUGGAUCUUCGCCGACAUGGAGCUGCUGAGGAAAGUGGUGGUGCCCGGAAUCCGAAUGUCUCUCAAGCUCCACCAGUACAAAAUCAUCAUGCUCAAUCGACGAUACCUCAGCUUCAGGGUCAUCAAGGUGAAUAAAGAGUGCGUGCGGGGUCUCUGGGCCGGGCAGCAGCAGGAGCUGGUCUUCCUCAGGAACAGGAACCCGGAGCGCGGCAGCAUCCAGAACGCCAAACAGGCUCUGAGAAACAUGAUCAACUCGUCCUGCGACCAGCCCAUCGGGUAUCCCAUCUACGUCUCACCGCUGACCACCUCCUACUGCAACUCGCACCCGCAGCUCGGACACAUCCUGGGCGGCCCCAUCAGCAUGGGGAACAUCCGCAACUUUGUGGUCAGCACCUGGCACAGGUUACGUAAAGGCUGCGGCGCCGGCUGUAACAGCGGAGGGAACAUCGAGGACCCGGACGUGGUGGGGGGGCUGUCCUGUGGGAGCGGGAACGGGACGGGGGGCGAUUCUCAGCAGAGCUCAGUGUCGCAGGGAGGGACCUCUGGACACGCCCCCUCCCACCCGUACCCGCCACACACACUGGGCACCAGUCAGAGCUCGCAGUCGGUCCAGUCGGGUUUGGUCCGUCACUCCCCCGCCCGAGCCUCCGUCGCCAGCCACUCGUCCUCGUACCGUUACAGCAGCAGCCGCCACUCCUCGCUGCGCACCUCCACCACGGGCCUGGAGCCCUGCAGACGAUCGUCCACCAGCCAGCUGUCUCUGCGCACGCUCCCCACCUCGCUGCAGCUCCGGCUGGGCUCCGCCUCCGACCCCGCCGGGCCCUCCGCCUCGCUCUCCAGCCACAGCAUCCCGCCCUGCAAACGCCACACGCUGGUGGGCCUCCUGGGCAACGACGCCAUGUGCAGCACGGCGACCGACCCGCUCAGCCAGCAUCACCACCAUCACCACUACCACCCGCAGCAGCACAACCCCAGCGUCUCCACCGUGCGCAGAGACGACAUCUCCUACAGAGUGCAGAUCGUGGACGUCAGUCAUGUGCUCGAGACCAUCAACCUCUCGAAGCGGAAGGAGCUGCAGUGGCCUGACGAGACGAUGAGACUGCGAGCAGGUCGGACCUGCUGGAGGGAGUGGAGCCCCCUAGAGGGCAUGGAAGGACAUGUGAUUCACCGGUGGGUGCCUUGUAGCCGAGACGCAGCCAAUCGCUCCCAUAUCGACAAAACCAUCCUGCUGGUUCAGGUGGAAGAUAAGCUAGUGCCCAUCAUCGAGACGGGGGUCAUUGAGUUGGGCGCCGAGGUCUGACACAAGCACGCACACCCACACACGCACAUGAACCGCACACACACACCUGGAGUCUGCGUGAAGACUCGGCCCGCAGGACGCCGACGCCUGCAGACAAACAGGAAGUGGAGCUCUCCCCCGCCCGCUGAUCCUGAUCGCUGAGGGGGAACAGGAAGCCAGGGAAACGUGCGAGCAGAGGCCGAGCGCCACUCACUGCAGUGCUCACACACACACACAGACACACACACACACACACACACACACACACACACACACACACACAGACACACACACACACACUAUCUGCCUUUGCUUUGCGUCUCAGAAAUGCUGCAUGACAGUAAACGACCUUAAGUUUUGUUUCUCUCCUGGUGAUUAAUUUAAGUUCUAUGCAUUUCAUCGUCUCUCCGACUCCAACGAGACGGACAAGAGUUUGUUUUUUUUUGUGGUUUUUUGAUUGUCUGAAUAAUUUGCCAAAUUCAAAACCCGGCGCUGAAUAUCUGCCGGGGCAUCACACUCGACCUGAAAGCUUUCUGUUGUUGUUGUUGUUGUUUUUAUUUUUGUUGCCAAGACGACAGAGGACGCUGUGCGGCGGGUUGACGUGCAGUCAGAGAGGGGACGCCGCGGCGGCGCUCUGACUCCUCUGUUUCCUGUCGUCAUUCAGACAGCUGCAAGACGACUCUGCGCAAAGAAAAUAAAACUUGCACUAUAAUUUUGUAUUUUAUUUACAGCAAUGCACUACUCUCUCUCUCUCUCUCUCUCUCUCUCUCUCGAUGAUAUCAUGUUUUAUUUAUUACCGACUCAGAUCGCCAUGGUUACCGAUGCCUUGGGAAUGAAAAAAAAAUGCAAUCGAACUUUUUUUGUUUUCAGCCAUUUUUUAUUUUUCAGCUUUCUGUUUGAUAAACUUGAAGAUAACUUUUUACUGUAUAUGAUUAUAUCUAUAUAUAGUAUAUAAAAAUAUAUAUAUAUAUUUACACAAAUAAAUAUAUAUAUACUGUGGAUGUAUAAAAGACUUUGUUUUUGGAUAUUUAUUACUGUGAACAUUGUAUUUACACUUUGUUACAUCUUCGCUUGCUUUCGUUUCGGGGCGACGGUUUCGAGUCUCGAGGACCAGCGGGUGAAAACGAGAUGCAGAUUUUUUCGAUGGACUGUUUCACGACUUAACUUAAUUCUUUUUCUAUAUGGAGAAAUAAAAGUUUGAUUUAUUGCCGACAUCUUUAAAA